AUGCAGAACUGUAUCUCAAGUUUCUUUACACACCAUGAGACGGACCUGUUCCAUCCCGACGAAGACAAAACUUCCCUGACUGUUGCACUAUUAUCCUCCAUAUUUCCAGAACACCGACCGGAUCGGGUGUACGGGUUCCAGGAGCGCAUGCUCGCUGGAAUCUUAGCAGAAGCCUUAGGACUACAGGGACAACGCAAGGACAACCUUAAAGCUUGGCGUCUUGGGCAUCAGGGUGACCUGGGCCUCGCUCUGGCUGCCGUUUCAUCAGAAAUUAAUUGCGGUGAAUCGCAUGGUCAACUUGAUAUCUUGGAGGUUGACAGGUUGUUCAGCAAACUUGCAGCUCGAAGCCGUUUCUCUGAGCCCAGCAGUGACGGCCAACGCUCCCCGACGAGUGGCACCAGCCGCCCUGCGGACCUGAUACGUCCCAUACUGGCCCGCAUGGAUGCAUCCCAGGCCAAAUGGCUGGUCCGGCUGCUCCUGAAGAACAUGCUACCUCUGAAACUUCAUAUGCAGUGGGUAAUGAAGCAGUUGCACUUCCUUUUACCUGAAGCGUACCAUGUACAACAUGACCUGCGCACUGCGUCCGUGUUUAUACAGAAGCUGGAGAUACGCAGGGUUCCACGGGCGGUCGAAGAUUGGGAAAUUGCAAGGCUGUAUCGGUCGGAAGUGAGACAUUUCAUCAUUCCGCAGAUCAAUAUCCCCAUUGCAAUACCUGAAACGGCCAAAGCCCGGGGCUCGCGGCACGCUGUACAGCUCCUCACCGGGAAGCGAUUCUGGUGUGAAACCAAGUAUGAUGGCGAAAGGAUGCAAGUUCAUGUCAGCCGAAGCAAGAGGAGGGGCGAAUUGACCUUCCAGAUCUUCAGCAAGUCUGGCCGGAACUCGACCGCUGAUCGGUCGGGCGUUCAUGCCGCUCUGCGACGAGCUUUGAGGAUGGAUUCAGGGCAUGGCCGGCCAUAUGAGACGAGUGUCGUGGUUGAAGCAGAACUCUGCGUCUGGAAUGAGAAAACAAGGACGAUUCAGGAGUUUGACAAGGUUCGCAACUUCAUGACGAGGGCAGGAAGGGAAAUUGGUGUUUACGAAGACGUCGAUCGUGAGAACGAACAUUUGAUCAUGGUUUUCUUUGACUGCCUAUGCCUGGACCAUGUUUCGUUACUCGGAGAUGCCUAUGAACAGCGAAGGCGCGUACUGGAUGAUGUAGUGCAGGUCGAAGCCGGAUGGUCCAUGUUGGCGGAACGAGUGGAAAUUGAUCUCCGGGAAGACUUCGAUACUGGGCUGAAACGCUUGCGACAAGAGUACGCUGCCGCCAUUGAGAAACGACAGGAAGGCUUCAUCCUCAAACCAGCGGGUUCGACGCGCUAUUGGUCAAAGAACAAUGGCUGGAUCAAGCUGAAGAAGGACUUCAUUGAAGGUUUAGGAGACACUGCAGAUCUCACUAUCGUUGGAGGUUGCUUCGAUCCGAAAAGAGCAAAGGAAAGGAAAGUCAAUUCCACCAAAAUGUGCACGUCAUUCCUCGUCGGUGCUCUAACCAACAAGAUAGAUGUAGAGAAAGGUGCCAAGCCAUGCUUCCAGGUUCUUUGUAGCCUGUCGUACGACAUACCAAUGCCCUUGCUUGCCUCUCUUAACUCGCAUUUUGAGCAACAUCAAGAGAGGUUCACGAGCGUGACCACUUCGUUCUGUCAACUGAUCAUUCCCACGGAUCUCCCGAAACCGGACAUCGUGUAUAAGGAGCCCCUCGUGGUUGCAAUCAAGGGUGGAAGUUUCGUCAAGCCCUUUUCACACAACCUAUAUGUCCCCAGAUGGCCAAGGUUGCAACAAAUUCAUUAUGAAAGGGAGUUCACCGAAGCCUUGUCUGUGAAUGAGUUACAAGAACUCGCAAUUGAGGCUCUUGCACCAGCACCAGAAUGGGAAGCGCAAGUGUGGGAAGAUGCUCUGGAGAUGAGAGAUGAGAUUCACGGAGCUGCAAACACCGUUUUGCCUCCGCGCGGUUCUGCCCUCCUCCGUGACAUUCGAGAAGCCAAAGCAGUAGCCGCAUCAAAAGCUGCAAAUGCUUUAAACCUUGACGAUCUGCUGGAGGUACGCACAGCCCCGGAGGUACUACUUGAGAAGAGACCGUUGAGACCCCUGGAGCGGAACGUUGCCCGUCGACCUGUCAAACGGCGGAAAACAAAUGAAUUGAAUACAAGCGAACCGAUGACCUACUUUGCCACACCUCUGAAAACCCCAGCGAAAGCCAGGGUACAUCCAAAUCUUGAGGAAUCCUGGCUACACAUUGCACAAACAAACCCUGCUUGUACGGUACAACUAGUUCGGGCGGCGAGUCUGUCUCUAACCAACAUUUUGUGGAGCCUGGACGCCCUGAUGGAAAGCUUUCAAGGGGCAGAGCUACGUGAUGCUGUGCUGCUAGUUGACUCACGAAGUCGGAACGUGAAGGAGAUACUGGGCCAUGUGCAGAGAUUGUUGAAGGACUGGAGAACACAAAUCCACAUAUACGAUUUUCGUCUUCUUCUCGACCGUGCGAACCCGACGGCCUUUGAUGAUCAUCAUGUAUUUAGCAGUAAUAACGGGUAA